AUGUUUAAAGAACACGUGCACUUAAUGCGAUUAUUUUCGUACUCAAAUGAUUACUUAUUGCAAAUAAGAAAACAAAUUGAAGUCAAGAGAAAACUUUCAAGUUCACUUCUCACAGUUGAAAUUUCUUUCUUUCCGCUAAAUACUUUCCACCUUCAACAAGCAACUUUUCAUGUUCAACCGAACUGUUAUGCUAGUUAA